AUGGUCCGCAACACCCCUUCGAUGCAAUCCCUCCGCUCCAACACCAGCGUCGCCGAUCUGUCCACCGCUUCGCAGAAACCGGUCAAGCCGGCCAACCCAUACACUCCCAUGCCCCAGCCAUAUACCAACAUCGAUGAGCCGAACACAAGACAUCCAUGGGCACCGUCCGACAACAACUCCAAGCAGAAUUCGGACGAUGAAAUCAAGACGCUGAGCAGGCCCGCGGCGAUUCAGCUCAGUGGUCAAGAUGCAUACACCAAGGACAUCAUGAACAAGAUGGCCAUGGGAAAGGCGACGCCAGCUGAAAGGGCGGCGUUUGAAGAUCGUGUUCGUGAGGCGAGAUCUUCCCCGGCGAUUCAGAAUCUCCUUCAGCCAACAACAACAACGGAGAAAAGCCAGCCAAACUUCGUCUCGGACAUGCUCGAGCGAGCCAUGGUACAGAACAUGGCACAGAUGCAGCGAAUGGGCAUGAACCAAUCGACUUCUGGUACUCGCCUCUCCAGCCCCGCCCCAUCAUCUACGCCGCCAAAGAUUCAAAAGGCCACCCGCCAGAAUGCCGAAAAGUACACGAAGCCUUUCUGUGACUUUUUGACGGACAACCCCACGGUAUUCCAUGCUGUAUCCGCGAUGAAGAAGGAUUUGAAAGAUGCCGGCUGGACUGAGCUAUCCGAGAGAGAUUCCUGGAACAUCAAGCCUUCUGGGAGCUAUUUCGUGGAGCGCAAUGGAUCCUCCCUGAUUGCCUUUUCCGUCGGCGCCAAGUACGAGUCGGGAAAUGGCGCUGCGAUCUUAKCCGGCCAUGUCGAUGCCCUCACCGCCCGACUCAAGCCCGUCUCAACCGUCCCCAACAAAGCCGGAUACCUCCAAUUGGGAGUCGCUCCGUAUGCGGGUGGACUCAACAGCACCUGGUGGGAUCGCGAUCUCGGGAUCGGUGGUAGGGUUCACAUCAAAGAAGGCAACAAGAUCGUCACGAAAUUGGUCAAGCUAGACUGGCCGAUUGCAAGGAUCCCCACUUUGGCUCCUCACUUUGGCGCCGCUGCAAAUGGUCCCUUCAACCCGGAGACGCAAAUGGUGCCCAUCAUCGGCCUGGACACGACGUCCGCGGGUCCCUACCAAGACAUCAUCGAGCCAUUCAGUCAACCAUCCCUACUCGGAGGCGGGAAUGGCUCAGUGGGCAGCUUCAUCCACACUCAACCGCCCGCGCUGGUCAAAGUCAUCGCCGAAGCACUCGACAUUUCCGCAAGCAACAUCCCCAACAUCAUAAACUGGGAGCUCGAACUCUUCGACGUGCAGCCCGCGACCGUCGGGGGUUUGAACAAGGAAUUCAUCUACGCAGGUCGUAUAGACGAUAAGCUAUGUUCCUGGGCCGCACUCCAAGCUCUACUAGAAUCCCAACCCCACGACGACGAAAGCUCCAUCAUCAAAGUCGUCGGCCUCUUCGACGAUGAAGAAAUCGGUUCUCUCCUCCGCCAAGGCGCCAAAGGAAACUUCCUCCCCACAGUCCUCGAGCGCGCCGUCGGCUCUCUCGCGGACCACAAACCCACUUCUGACGUAAUGGGUCGCACAUACGCCAACUCCUUCCUCGUCUCCUCAGACGUCACCCACGCCGUGAAUCCCAAUUUCCUCAACGCAUACCUCGCCAACCACGCCCCACACCUCAACGUCGGAGUCGCCGUGGCGGCGGAUUCCAAUGGGCAUAUGACGACCGAUUCCCUCUCGACUUCCCUUUUGCAACGCUGUGCGGAAUUGGCGGGGGCGAAAUUACAGGUCUUUCAGAUUCGAAAUGAUAGUCGGAGUGGUGGGACUGUUGGGCCUAUGUUGAGUAGUGCUUUGGGAGUUAGGGCUAUUGAUGCGGGGUUGCCGCAGUUGAGUAUGCAUAGUAUUCGUGCUACUACUGGGGCGUUGGAUCCUGGUUUGGGGGUUAUUUUGUUUGGGGCGUUUUUGGGGGGGUUUGAGGGGGUUGAUGGGGAGUUUCGGUGA